AUGGCAAAACAAAGGGAUGAGUUAAUUGAAGGACAGGUAGAAACUAUGGAGGAGCAGAAAAAUAACAACAAUCAAGAAGGUGAGGUGAUGGUAGAUGAUGGUCUAAAGAAGAAGGGGAAGACUAGAGCUCAGAAGAAAAAGAAAGAGGGGAAUGCAAUGAAUGAGGAGAUUGAAGAGAGUAAAUAUAUGCUUGUGUUACCUUUCCCUCAAAAGCAAAGAAAGGAGAAGUUGGACAAACAAUUUGGGCGUUUCCUAGAUGUGCUCAAUCAGGUGCAUGUUAAUCUACCAUUCACAGUGGUGCUCUCUCAGAUGCCAGCUUAUGCUAAAUUCUUGAAGGAGAUAUUGUCCAACAAGCGAAAGUGGAAGAGACAUCGGAAAUUGGAGGGAGAGAUUGGAGAAAUCAGAUCGAUACCUAUGUCUUUGCAGCAGGUGGAUCAGACCACAAUCAUAUAUGAAGGAAUAGUGGAAGAUGUGCUAGUUCGGAUGAAUAAAUUUGUAUUCCCUAUGGACUUCAUUGUGGUGAACAUGGAAGAGAAUAGGAAGGUCCCCCUGAUUUUAGGGAGACCCUUCUUGGCUACUGGAAGAGCUAUUCUUGAUAUUCAGGAAAGGUAG